AUGCUUUCAACCGUACCCCUCAAUGUGGGACGUAGGCGCGUCUGCGGCUCCGUUUUCUCCCCCGCGUCGCUCGAAGCUCACCGGCCGAAGUCGAUCUCGGAUUUCCAACGCGAGCAGACACCAAUCGCAUCAUUCCAAUCAUCCGACUCAUCAUCAACCUUCAAAGCAGACUCACAAUCAACCUCAUUCGCGACGAUUGGGGGAUCGACGGACGCUGCAUCCCCAGAGGAAGACACGUUAAACCAGGCGCGGCAGGCGGCCAAAGAGUUCCUAUCCGUGCCCAACCUGGGCUUCGAGUUGCUUUACAACUUCCGAAAUACCGAUGGAAGUCAAGUGCUGAAAGAAUGGAACCGGCUCAGCCCUCCGUCGAAGGAGACGGCCGAGGCGCUAGAGUAUCUUAUACGAACUUCUCCGUGGACGUUGUUUGAAUGGUAUGGACGCUUUGUUAAAGUCCCCGGGGAAGAAGGCCUGCUCCGGACAAUCGUGGACUGCUUACAGCUUGCGCGUCGAAUUUAUCUCGCUCCCGUCGUGCACUAUUUGCUUCCUUUGAUAACUACUCCCCAUCAAGGAGGGUUCUUGGCUCAGCUACAGCGUGCCUUUCAUACGGUGGUUCAAUACAGUUUACCAUGGAAGAAGAUUUCACCGCUUCUUGCCAGAGAGCUCACGCAGGAUGCUGUGGUUAUUUUAGGCAUUGAUACCCUGGACGAAGAUUCCGAUGCGGACAGAAUGAGUCUGGAUGGAACGGAAAUGGAACGGGCAUACUCAGUCUCGUACAAAGACUGGAAGCAAGAAUCACCCGAAGCCCGGGCACACAUGAUGGUUGAUAGUGAAGAUGGCCGCGUGACUAUUGCACGGGAUCGACUUUUGGCGUUUCUCAACGGACUGCAGCUUGUCGGACUUGGCGGUGACCAGGCCCAAAAAGUGUUCGCAAAUGUGAUGAACAUCAUGAUGGGAGACUUCAUUCGUGCCGCAUACGCCGGCGAAUGGGAGUCGCCCUCAACCGUGCCGCAGCACCUGGAACAAUGGAUUGAAAACGUCUACGCGCGGCUCGUUGUGCAUGUUCUAGCCAUCCUCCAUUCCGACCCCGCUGGGACCCAGUCCGGGGCGAUGGAAGUGAGCCUUCGCGACGUGGAAAAGUGGCAAGUGAUGGGCAUUGCCCGGCUGGGAAAGCUUCGAGUCAGCGAACUCUUUGAUGUGAUUGUUGAUUGGCCUGCAAGCAGCGGGGCGGUGGAGGAUCUGCGACGUUUCACAAACAACUCGUCUGGAGCGCGAUUGUAUGUGACGAAUCUCUUUUCUCUCAACUUGCUCCAGCGGCUGUUGCAUCCCGGUGCCUCUACAGUCGAGAUCUUGCAGGUUUACAUCUCGAUUAUUCGAGCAUUCCAUAUCUUGGACCCGAAGGGUGUACUGCUGGAUCGCAUCGCUCGACCAAUCCGGCGAUACUUGAGAGACCGCGAGGACACUGUGAAGGUGAUUGUUAGUGGUCUAUUGGCGGACCCUGCGACAGCCGAGGGGCCGACAGCUACCGGCGACACCUUGGCAGAGCUGGCAGCGGAGCUGACUAAGGUCCACCAUCAUUCCAUGCAAAAUAAUAGGAGCGAGUUAGAUUAUGAUGACAUGUACUGGGUGCCCGAUCCAGUUGAUGCCGCUCCCGACUACAAAAAAUCGAAGAGCGCAGAUGUCAUUGACAGUCUGGUUAGCUUAUUCGACUCGAAGGAGACCUUCGUGAAGGAAAUGCAGACUCUUCUCGCAGACCGCCUCAUCCAGAAACGCCAGAACUACGACCAAGAGAUUACAGUACUAGAGCUCCUGAAGGUUCGGUUCGGUGACUCGGCAUUACAGGCAUGCGAGGUGAUGCUGAAAGAUAUCUCCGACUCACGACGUCUUGACCUCACCGUGAGGAACGAUCAGAUGUUGUCCGGAUAUCGGAAGCAAGCAGGCGUCGGAAAGCUCCACGCCAAGGUUCUAUCACGCUUCUUCUGGCCGGAAUUCCAAGAACAAGAAUUCAAGGUCCCCGAUGAAAUCACCAAACUGCAAGAGCGGUACGCGACCUGUUUCGAAAGGCGCAAGGAUUCGCGCAAGCUCAUGUGGCGCAAUGCUUUGGGCCAGGUCACCGUCGAGCUGGAGUUGCAGAACCACACCUUCAAAGACGAAGUGACGACCUGGCAAGCAACCGUAAUCUAUGCCUUCCAGUCCGACUCGGGCGAACCCGCCACGAAGACAAUUCCGGGACUCGCCGACGAGCUGGAAAUGACUCCUGCCCUUGUACGCAGUGCCUGUCUCUUCUGGGUCAGCAAGCGUAUUCUCACCGAGGUACAACGCGACACCUUCCGCGUGUUGGAAAUCCUACCCACAGAAGACGAGGAACACCAUGCCCACGCAGCUGGCGACUUCAGUGACGCCUCGGAUAGCGAAGCAGGCGAUACUGCCAACGCAGCGGCAGCAGCCGAAGCCGCCGCAGCCGCCGCAGCAAAGGAAUCCGCUGAGGCGGCUGCCAUGGAGAAAAUGCAUGUGUAUUGGCAGUUCAUUGUGGGAAUGCUCACGAACCAAGGACCUAUGGCUCUGAAUCGUAUUGUCAUGAUGCUGAAGAUAGCCGUUCCCGGCGGGUUCCCGUUCAGCAACGAAGAGCUGCGCGAGUUCUUAGGUGGUAUGGUCUCGAAGGGCAAGUUGGAGAUUGUUAACGGGGGUAAUUACAAGAUCGUGCAUUAG